UUUACGGAAGCGUACACGGCCACUGCAAAGAUGGAGGACGAUAUCUCAGAUUCGAGCAGACCGCAAAUGUACUUGUUCGGUUGUACCCUGAAAUCGGACAAAAGGGAGUUCAAAGUUGAUGUAGACGACGAUGAUACGGAGCAACAGCUGUCACUCAAAGCAGUGUGUCUGGGAGCCGAGGCCGAGGAUAAGUUCCACAUGGUGGAAGUCGAGGGUCUGACUUAUGAUGGGAAAGCAACCAAAGUGCCACUAGUUGCUCUGAAACCGUCCGUCCUGCCCUCUAUGAGUUUAGGGGGAUUCGAGAUCACACCUCCGGUUACCUUUCGUCUUCAGUCCGGCUCUGGACCAGUUCACAUCAGCGGGCAGCAUUUUGUCAGUGUGAAGGAUUCAGAUGAUGAAGAAGAGGAAAACAACUCGUCACCGGUGAAGCGGCCUGCAAGUCUGAUGUCGGGGAAGAAGCCUCUGUUGAAAAAACUAAAGAUGGAAUCAGACGACGAUGAAGAAGACAGCGACGACGAUGACGAUGAUGAUGAAGACGAUGACAGCGACGAGAACGACGUGAAGCCUCUGAAGAAUGUCGGGAAAGAUGCCAAAAAA